GCAAAAUGGCGGCGAAAGCUUGGUGGCAAAUCAAAAUUGUGAUCAAUAAUCUCUUUGAGUUUUCCUUUCAAUAUGUCAACGUUAAAGUUUCUUUCUAACUGCCGGUAUAUUGCAUCACCGUUUUCCAAUUUAGAAGAUCUAUCUUGGAGGAUACUUUUGAGGAAUUUAGGUGUUCAUCUCUGCUUUACACGUUCUGUAACAGCGGUGGACUGUGUUGGAAAUACAAACAAUCUAAUCGGGAGCGCAACAAAGGGGCAUGCUGAUCGUCCUUUAAUCGUCCAGGUAAGACACAGUAACAUUUAUGGUGGUGUUUUUUUAGGUUUCUACAGUGGCAUGUUGUACAAAGAUACCAAUUUGGGGAUGUAAUUCUAGAUCUCCUUAUGUACCUAUAUCAAUGUUCGAAGAUAUUAGCUUGUUAGCUACUCUAAAAUUCGAGUAUAAAUAAAGUUUUAUGUUAUGUUUUGUAAUGUUAUUAGGGAGCUUAAGCAAAGACGUUUUUGAGCAACGGACGUCAACCGGAAAGGAGGACUUUUCCCUUGUAAUUUGCCUUGAUGCUAUGUAAUUUGUAUUGCUUAGUUUCUUUACUCUUAUAGAGACGAUUUGACUGAAAAUUUGGGCAAAGCCAUCGCCCAAAAAUGAAAAAGGGCAACUUCCGGUUGACGUGCGUCGCUCAAAAACGUCGUUGCUUAAGCUCCCUAAUAACGGAUUGGGGGGGAGGGGGGUUGGGGGGGGGGGUUGGUACGGGCAUAGGUGCAGCGUUUGAACACUUCUUUUGUCCCGCCAGGAUAUUUUAUCACAUUUGAACUCUUUUCUCUCUCCAGGCCCAAGGGUCUGAAAUAUGACCCAAAAAAAUGGGAAAAAUAUGUAUAUAUAUAUAUAUAUAUAUCAAAAUAAUGCAGCUCCUCGUCCACACAUUGAUACCUGCAUUAUGCAGUACAUUGUACUUACCCCCCUUCCUCCGAUGCCACCCACUUCAACUUAUCAAAACCAUCCCACCCCACCCCACACAGAAAUCAACCAAGUGCCCAGGAAAUUUCGAAAAAUCAGAGGUAAAAAAACUGUGCUUGACAAGGAGUCAAUUAAUAUUAAUUCCGAGUACCUGGAGAAAAACCUCUCAGAACAAGGGACAGAAGUAACAACAAACUCCAACACUGCUGGGAGGCGAGUGCUCUCACCACUGCUCCAAAGAAAGGGAGCUGAGGUUAGCUUUUAUUUAAAUUAUUGGGAGAUUGAAAAAACUGUAUAUUUAAUGUUAAGGAAAUCAGUAAAUUCAGGCUUAACUAUGCUGAGUAAUAACUAAUUAAUCAUUUUGUGUCAGCUGCAACCAGGGAAUAUGGACAGUAUUGUGCAAGCAGUGAAGGAACUAAGAAACAUUUGUGAUGCUGUUGACAUCACUGACUUCAGCUCCAGUUCUAAUUCGUGCUCAACAGAUGAAGAUGAAAGAUGGAAAUCAUGGCUUAGCUGCAUCCACCAAAUCUACCAAGUGUGCGAAACACCUCUUCUUUGUAAGCUUCCUUUUAGUCGGCAAACAGUUGACGAUACCAUAAGGAAAGGAAAAUCCCUUCAAGAAGCAGGCUGUCAGGUAAUUUUAACUGAAGGACAGCUAUAAAUUCUUUUAAGGUUAGCAGGAUUUCAGUUGGGCUUUAAAACAUAUUUUACUUUUUGCUCAUUUAAUAAGGGUAGUUAUAACUGCUGUUGAGCUUCAUGUUGUUUUUUCCUUUUUUUAGAUUAUACUGUUACACAAACACAGACCAGAGAAGGUUAAUUUUCUUGUCACCAAAAAUGACUGGGAUGCAGUCAAGACCAUCUGGUAAUGAGAGUACCUUGAGCACCACUGCUGAAAAAAAAACUAAAUGCAUGUUGCCUUCCAUGGCCUGCCCCUUUUCACUUGUGGAAAUAACCCAACCAAAUUCUAUGGGUGUCACUAAGGGCCAGGGGUGGGGUAUUUCCUCUGGCUUCUACAUGUAUAAGCAUGACCCCAGCUAUUUUCUUAGUGGCAGCCUCCAAAUUUUAACAAACUUUUUGCUGGAACUUUUACAUUAAAUGUCUUGUUUGUUCUCUGAAAUAUUCCCCAGAGUUUUGGGGACAUGUAAAGUUGUUUCUUUUUUGGUACAUAUUAUUGACAGUUGUAUGGAAUAAUAUUAUUAUAAGAUAAAUAUUUCAUGUCUUGUUGCUUAAUUUUCAUUUUGUCUAGUGACUCUGUUUCUGUGCCAUUCAUCCUUGAUGUGGGCUCAUCCAGUUUGUGGGAAAUUGAUAGAUGCAUAGAAUACACUGGAGUUCAAGGUAUAGCUGUGUCAGGUAAGGAUUAUUUCAGUCAUCAGCAUGUGUUCUAGUGUUAGAAUUGUCAAGAAGGUACAUGUAUCUUAGCUACAAGAUCUAGGUAUAUAUGUGACAUUUCAGAGGACAUCCUGAUGAAACAUUUUUCUUUUGUUUUAAAAUGCAAGACUUAACAGUUUCCCAUAAAAGUUAAUUUGCAAAGCCCAGUGGACUGAAAUGAGACUGCAAUUUGGAAACUUGACUUCAAAUUUACUUUUCAGUGUUGAGGACCAUUGCUGCUGCCUCAACAUUUUUGCUUGCCAAUCUAUCUUUCCUUUAACAACUAGAUAUUCAUUUUUUUAUUCGAUGCAUCUUAUAGAUAAUAGCCACAGACCUCUGCAGCUAAUUGUUAUUCAUUACUUACUUGUUAGGUUUCUCUAGACUGUCGAGGAAUAGCCAAAGCAAAAAUAUCGAAUCAAUAAGAAUGGCCACGUUGGUUGCUCUAGCAUCAAGACUGUUUCCUUACAUAAAUUUACCUUGAUGUGUGACCUGUGAAGCUGUUGUUGCCACUCAGACAGUUAGGGGGCAUGUGUCUUGGAGCAACUUGUAUUGCGCAUACCUGCAUCACAUUCUUAGAAUGAAAGUACAUGUACAUUUAACUGGUCUGGGAACUAAUGUGCCUGUAACCUUUUCUGACUUAAGGUUUCCACAAUAAUUCAUGUCUUUUAAUAAUAUUGUGUUCUGUUUAUUUUUCAAAGACUCUUUAGAUGCCAAUCCAGCACUGUUUUGUAAGAAACAGCCAACAGUUUUGGAUGUGGUUGAUCAGUACCUGGAGUUGUGUGAAGUUUACAAUACACCUCUUCCUAAUAUCAAACAACAUCUCAUCAAUUUCUGUGGAUACUAGUAAGGAGAUCUUAAAAAUUACAUUCUGUAAUGAGAGAAUCCACUUGAAGGGACUGUGUCCAACAAUUUAGCAAAUCUAAUUCAGCCACCAGAAACUUAGCCUGAAGAAGUGACGACAGGAAAUACGUUUGCUGUUCACAGGCUACUGGAAACUGUCCAACAUUCUGAGUUUGUAAAAUGUACAAAUAAUCACUUUUAAACAAUAUUGAAGUAAAGGUUUAAGUAACAGAAGAAUGAAGUACACAAAUAGCCUAAUUUUGAAGAAAGGUUCAAUAAUUAUUGAAUAUCCAAAAGAAGGUACAAAUGGGCAAAAUUGAGGAAGAUUUUCAAAUGCAGAUUGCCAUAAUAAUUUUAUUUGGGUUUUUAAAAGCUUAUCAGUUUUUCAAAGUUCAUCACUGUUGUCUGUCACAUUAUACAUGAAGGAUUUAUUCAAAAACGCCAUGUAGUACUCCUUAUUUUCGUCUAUUGUUUUGCAUAAGCAUUGUUUUCAAUUAACAGUCCAUGCAGUAGCGAAUCACAGAUACAUUGUACCUCUUCAAAUCAAUAUUUGGUUACCAUUAAACAUGCAUGACCUCAAACUUGAUUGCCCUUUUUAGUCUUUCCAGGUUUCAUGGAGUUACCACGCAAAUGGAAGAUAUAGAAAACUUAGGUGAAAUUCGGAUGCUGAUAGGUGAAUUAAAGAAAGAAAUGUCACGUCUUUCUGUAAGUCUGCCAAAUUAUUAAGUUUCAAGAGUCGUUUAAAACUUUUCCACACUCCUUUUAAUCUCUACUUGGGGCAGUUUCUCUUAGUCUCUUUUUAUACAUACAUGUAUGUAGUGUAGUCUGUCACACACAGAAAACUCACUCUCCUAGCCUGAAAAAACUGCCAACAUUUUUCCACCAAAUGAUGUCUCAGGAAGAAAAGUAGAAAUUCCAUACUCAUAGCGUAGCAGCACAAGGGAAAUUUGCUUCAGCCAAUCAGAAUCACUACCCAGAUCUAGGUUGUGACACGACAUAUCAGUAUGGAAUUUCUGCACUCGUUCCUCAUAUGUUAUUUUGCGGGGAAAUUUGCGAAAUGUCAGCUGUUUUCCCAGUCUACUAUUAGCAUCCCUACUUGAGAACAAUUUGUUCAGCAGGUGUGUGUCUUCUAAUAACCCAGUAUAUUGAAGUCAUGUGUUUUACACAUAUGUACAUGAAAUCAUUCACAAAAUUUUGUGAUGGGUGAAAAGUUAUUAUUUUUGAUAACAAUACUGAAAGUAAUUAAUAUUAUUAUUAUUAUUGUUAUUAUUAUUUAUAAAUUAUUAUUAUUUAUAAAUACUAUUACAAGGGCUAAUAUUAGCUAAUACUAUUUUUCUAACUUUCUUUUUGUCUUCAGAAGAGUGAGAUGAAGUCCUUGCUAAGACUGAAAAGAAAGAAGGUAUUAGAGUUACAUGUAUACCUAAUUGCAAUAAUGUUGUGUUAGAAAAAUGAAAAAAGGAAAAAGCCAAAUAGGAAUUAAUUAGGCUAAUAAGCCUAGUGAAUCCAUUUGCAGCGUCCGCCCAUGGACGUCGUAUUUGCCUGUUGGAAUUUGCUAUUGUUUUAAAGCUGAAAAACAAUCAAAAAAAUUCCAGCGGGGAGAUGCAGCAGCUGCAAAUGAAUCCACCCUGAGAAUGUGGCUUUAUUAGCCUAAUUAAUUCCUAUUUGGCUUUUUCCUUUUUUCAUUUUUUUACGACAAUGUUAUUGCAAUUAGGUGUAUAUCCAUGACUAAAGUUAGGAGGUGGGUAUAAAACUUAGAAUUCUCAGACUAUUUGUUGAUCUUUUUUUGGUUGUUUGUUUGUUUGUUUGUUUGCAGGAAACUUUUAAACGAAGGCGGGAGGAGAAACAGGAGAACGGGAAAUGUGAAAUUGAACCAGUUACACUAAAAGGUACAUAAUUUACUGUAGUACAUGUUGUAAAGUUUCAUGAGGGAAGAAUAAGAGACAGUAUAAAUUUAGGUAACAACCUCAUUGACAAUUCAAAAGAGGCAAAAGAGAGACCUAGCUACUGGGGUAGAUUUUGGUGAGUUAAAUCCCCCACAAGGAAAUUAUCACUGAAAAUGUCUAGAGGUAGAGGUUGCUUAGCGGAGGUAAAUGCUUACUAGUGUCGAACUACAGUCGGUUCCUACCAAAAACUACAAUACGGGGAGUUUCAUGUCACUAAAACGUCGUCAAAUACUGUUUUGUAAAACUGAUUGCUUCGCAGACGUUGUUGCAUAAGGGACUUGAGUGUAGAGUUUUCAAGCAUGGAAACGUUUCUUCUGAACAUCUUUAUUUUUUAUUAGCAAUUACCAAAGAUGUUCUUAUCAGUUCCCACACACGUUAUGACACAACAAUAGUGAAUUCUUUCAGGCCUGAAAGCUCUGGUGUUGGAUUUAAACUGUAUUUUUAUUUCUCCAUUAGAAGAAGACCACGUGCCAAAAUUGUUAAAGAAGAAAAUUCAAAGAGAGAGAGUAGAAAAUGCAAUAAAGAAUGGCGGCCAGAGAAUAGCCAUUGAUUUUACUUUAUCAGAAGACAUGAGCAACAAGGUGAACAAAGUUUUCCUCCGACAGUUUGAUGAUUUUCAUUGCCCGCACUAGCAUGUUCUUUCUGCUUAAAAUAAUGGUCUUCACUUUGUCAGCUCCAUUCAUCUGAGAAUUUUGGAGAGCUGGCUUAUACUGUCGCCAAUCUACACACGCAGAACCACUUCAAAGUCUGAAUAUUGUUCAAGUUCUCUUCUGACUUUCUUUCUGAGAUUCGUGGUGAACUUAAAUUUGCCUUUAGCCCACGGCAGGGGUAUUUUCUCUGAAGUUUAAUGAUUAGGGUGACUGUUGACCAAUAGUCGGCCGCUUGUCGGCUGUUUGUCGACCAACUGUCGGCCCAUUGUUGGUUGACAGAUUUUUUUGGGAACUGUUCUUCAAUGUUUCCGCAAACUGUGUGAAUCAAGUUUCAGAUCAGUUUUCCCAGUAUUAUGGACCUAGAUGGAACCUGAUUCACUCAGUGGUUUCCUAAACCCAAUCACUAAACUCAGAGUCGUUCGACGUUCACCAUUAGGUGUUCGGAAUUCUGCAAAUUACCCCUGCCGUUUAGUUCACGCUAGCGACAUAAAUUACGUUUUGACAGCGUCUUGUUUACAGUGGUUAUCGUAGCUCCUAGCAACUCAAAUGUUAGAGCGCACUGCCUGUAUUCGGAAUUGCUUUCAGCUGGAAUCCUGUCCGCUCCACGUUCGUUACAUUACAAUUAUGUUAUAUAACAUCUUUCUCGUAGAAGUGACAGUUCCAGAGACUAAAUUGGAGCUGGCAUCAUCAUGCCUGGUAAAUGACUCUGUGGUACUAUUUACAGGAAGUGACUAAACUUGCAGCUCAAAUGAGACAGCUGUAUGGUUCUAACAUGAAAUCAGUGUCCCCUGUUUUUCUCCAUCUGACGGGACUGGACACGAAUGGUAGAGUGUACCGCGAGUGUGUCAGACAGUCGCUAGAUUUCAACAAGCUUUUGGUAAGUAAACUGGUAGAAGUCGAAUGAAACUGUCAGUUUCGGUUUGUUCUAUUUGAAUGUUUGGAGGCACAUGAAACAAAUCUAGUACCCAGAUUUCUUGCUUCGUCCAAAGCAGAUCCAGCUGCAAGAUUAUCAUUUUUACGUAAGCUACGGUAAAAUGGGCAACACAAACGUGCAACUUGUUUUGCAACAUUGCUUCAAAGCCAGUUGAAAAGCUAUGUUGUGCGUUUUAUCACCUACGGAUCAAACUUGUUUUGCAACUGAACAAAUCAGGUUGUUUCAAGUUGCACGUGAAUUCUGACUUUUGAUACGCGGAGUCACGCCAUACACGGGAGUUGCGUCAUUUGCUACAAAACACCAAAACAAGUUUGCCUUGGGCCGAUAAAACGCGCAACAUGAACAAAUUGUGUUGCAAGAAGUAGAACUAGUCUUUACUUUCUGCAAGAAAGUUUUACAACCCGCAACAACCUGAUCUGAUUGGUUACUUCUAAGUCUCAUGACGUCUAACAAUGAAACUGUUUCCCACCAAAACCUCUGAGCGGGCAGCAUUGCAAAAUCUAUGACGUCAGAGGGUAACAUUGUAGUGUCAUGUUGACAGCCGUUACAGCGAGUGUGAAAAAAAAUUUUAACUGCAAUUUUAACUUUAAGCCAUUAGCCACGGAACAAAUUGACCAAAAUUUUAAAAUAAUAUUGAGUAUACAGGGGAGUAUACAGGGCAGCUAAAAGGGAAACAGUAAACGUGAAGAACGCCAGCCUUAAUUUUCAGGCUGAAAGUUUAAGGAAGUGUUAGUACAGUAUUUCUAGUUAGAGCCAGAUUCCUUACAGAGAAAUGAAAAGGGGAAUGAAUAAGCACAUGAAUAAUUUAACUCACAAAGAAAAUAUAAUCAUCCCUUAUUUCUUUGAUAGUGCAACUUUUACUGCUUUUACCAAUUUGCUGAAAAUAGGCUGCAUAUCUAAAUAGUUUUUUUGUAUUAUUUGAGGUGCACAGGACGGAAGAGAGUUUCUUAGAAGUGUUUGAUGCCGAAGACAUUGUAUAUCUUACACCAGACUCCCCCCACGGUAUGAUGUGGUAUUUAUUAUCUGCAAUUGUCUUGAACCCACGGCUUAUUACGAUACCGCAAAUUGGCUUUUAAUCGGAGCUACAGGGCGACUUAUAUACUGGCCUUAUAUUUUUUUGGUCACAAGUACAGUUGUAGAUAGCUAUGACUGGGGGUGGGGGAACGGUCUUAUAGGUGGCAGUUAACAAUACUUAAAAAAGAAACACAACUCGACUGUCGUCCUCCCUAAUCCGAAGUAUGGUAGUGCAAAACAAAACCAAUUCCACGAGGAUAAGACGUUUUUUUGUGUCCCAGUACAUUGUUGCUCACAUAUAACGCUAUAAACAAAUGUGAUUAGAAAGAAUACCCAACCAAUCGAAGGAAAAUCAAUAGAGAGGAGAAGUGUUACGUCACAUUACCAUGGCAGCAAAGUUUCUGGAUGUCAACAAUCUUUCUUUGACAGCGAAGGCCAUUUGCAUUGUCGAACGAGCUGCCGUUUUGCUCCUGUGUGCAAUCAUGCAGAGGAAAAUCACACAUGUCAACGUUUUCGUUCUUUCUAUCGGCUAGGACCACGGUUUGUUGAGAUCCACGACUGAUCUUGCUACCAUGGCAACGUGACAAACGACGUCUCCCCUCUACUGGCACUUUUUUUUAAAAUUUUACCAAGAAGUGAACGAAAGUUGAUAUGCUUUUCUUUAAUGUUUCAGUUCUCGAGAAACUUAACAGUGAUAAAGUUUACAUCAUAGGCGGGCUGGUAGAUCAUCAUGUCCUCAGGGUAAGAAUAACGUACUCCGGUUUAGACAGCUAUUGGAAAUAUUCUUCAAACCCUCGACAAGUUUGUGGUGACCUGCAUCUGCUGAUUUUAGAUCUUCUUGUUCAUAUUACUCAUAAGAAGUGCUAUUUGUAAUUUUAUUAUUUGCCAGGCAUAUGUGAUCAUAUCCAAAUGCUUAAAUGUACUUUCCAUGGUAUAUAUUAAUUAUAUUAAGUAUAUACUAGAUAUAGAUAGUGUUGCUACCAUAUCCGCCUUUUUAAAUCAUGAUUGAAAGCAUUUCCUUAACUGAUUCUUAAUGUGUAGAACACUGAUUGUUGUUGGUUUUUGUGCUGCUUAUUGACCACGUAAAUUGUUUGCUAGCUCGCCAUUUUAUAUUGUCGUGAAAUUGCUAAUACAUUUGUUGGCAAAUUGAAUAAACUGAAUCUUAAACUGAAAUUAAUACAGAAGCGAAGUGAAGCAAGGAAACUGGCUUGCUUACCUUCAAAAACCCACUCUUAGAAUUUUUUGACCGCAACCUCAAAUGUGGUAAUAGCCAUUUAUCUAUUAUGCUUUGCACAUUAACGAGUUGAUAUGCUAAUAUGCACAUACCUAGUAGAAUUUUUACUAAUAUCCGCCUCCAUGUUUAAGGACAGGACCAAGUCGCGAGCUGAAGCUAAGAAUGUGAACACAGCACGGCUUCCCAUUGAAGAGUACAUGGAAAGAAAGAGCAAACCUGGAAACCACUCCUUUUCAAAAGUGCUUACAGUAAACCAAGGUAUAGUCGACUCCCAAUAACUCGAAGUAAUUUUUGUUUUCCUUUAGAUCAUUUCUAAAUAAUUUUAUCCACGAUAACAUAAAGCAUGUGUUAAGUGCGUGACAAGUCGGGAAAAGAAAAAUAAACAGUAUACUGUAUAAACAGUAUAUCUUUUUCAAAGCUUGUACCCAUUCACUCUUCCAUUGGUUUAGCAGUAAGCAUGGGGUAAGGCAGUGGAGGAGUGUGUGGCCGAGUGGACAACGCCUCGAACUCCGGAUCUGUAGGUCCGGCGCUUAAGCCUCGCCCGUCGCGUUGUUUCAUUAGACAAAGAACUUACUCAACUUUGUCUCUCUUGCCGAAAUCAAGUUUUGACGGUGUUUAGACAAACCAUGGCUAAUUUUAAUCUGACCUGUUAUUUUGAGGCGAAAUGAUUGGCGUUAAUCGAUUGACAAGUUAGACACUUUUCAAAUAAGUUGCCCUAAUUUUUUUUUCUUUGUUACUGAGGGCGAUAAUCAAUUUUUUGACCGGAAUGAACGUGUCGAACAACUAUGUAGGAAACCGACAAAACAUGUAGGUCUUAGAUCGAUCAGACAAUAUCUUCCUCUAAACGAGCGCAUACUCCUUACAACACAACUAUUAAGCCUGUAUUCCUGUAUGGCGGAGCAGUCUGGAGUUCAACAUCAAAAUGUAAUAUUAGACGAAUUUUUCGUCUUCAGAAAAGAGCAGCUCGUGUUAUUUUAG